GAUAAGAAUCCGGAUCAGGAUACCUUAAAAUUGCCCGGAUAUUCGAUCCGUCCCGGGUCUACCUGUACUAGCUUAGUAAAAGUUAGAGCGAAGCUAGUUUAUUAAAAAAGUCAACUAUAAAAUUAGUUUUGCCAAAUAAAUUGAACACAACCGAAGAAAUCUCUUAUGUUGAAUAAAGCUAACGAUGGUUGAUUCUUGAUAACACUAAUUAAUUUUCUUCAAAUAGUAUAUAGUUUAGCAGACUUUAUUUGAACCGCGACUUUUGUAAUUAAACUAAUUAUUGUCUUCUUGGCCCCAUUUCAUGAUGUUUAUUCAAGAGAAGGACGAGACAUGUUAUGGUUCGAUUUAAAUAACGACACGUCUAUAUACUUUCCAGAUGGAUAUUUUAUAAAACACUGUCACAUACUAUUGUUUGUUGAUUUUUUUCUUACAGCAGGAAGCAAAACUCAAUUCAAAGUUUUAUUGGAAAAGUAAAUUCUAAUAUUUUAACGUCGGCUCUCAAGACGGGUCAAAACAAAUGGUGUAUAUAAACUCUAUCCGCGUAGCUAUACAUUUACAUAUAUCAUUUGUUGAAAAACUACCUUAUAUUCAAUCCCAGAACAUUUAGUUUUCUUAUCUUUCAAAUUGUAAGAUCUACCACAAUGUCUUCACAUGAUCUUGUUCACUUCGUCGUAAUACCCUUUAUGGCUCAAGGCCAUAUGAUCCCACUGGUCGAUAUCUCUAAGCUCUUGUCCCAGCGUCAAGGUGUGACUGUCACCAUCAUCACAACUACUCAAAACGUAGCCAGGAUCAAGUCCUCACUCUCUUCUUCCUCUACCUUUUCGACUAUCAACAUCGUUGAAAUUAAAUUUCCCUUUCAACUAGCUGGUCUACCUGAAGGGUGCGAGAGUGUAGACAUGCUAGACUCAACAGGCGAUUUGGUUAAGUUCUUUCACGCGGCAAACACGCUUGAGGAACAAGUCGAAAAGGCUAUGGAGAAGAUGGUUCAGCCACGACCGAGCUGCAUCAUUGGAGACAUGAGCCUUCCUUUCACGUCAAGCCUUGCCAAGAAACUCAAGAUUCCCAAACUUCUCUUCCAUGGGUUUUCUUGUUUCAGCCUUGCAUGCAUACACGUGGUUCGAGAAAGUGGGAUUUUGAAAGCUGUAGAAUCAAACGACGAGUAUUUCGAUUUGCAUGGGUUGCCUGAUAGACUUGAGUUCACUAAGCCUCAGAUCUCAGUCCUUCAGCCUGUUGAAGGAAUUAUGAAAGAGGGUACGGACAAGAUUAUUGAAAGUGAUAUUGACUCUUAUGGUGUUAUUGUGAACAGCUUCGAAGAGUUAGAAGUUGAUUAUGUAAGAGAAUAUAAGAAAGCAAGAGGAGGAAAAGUCUGGUGUGUAGGACCUGUUGCCUUGUGCAAUAACUUAGAGCUUGACAAAGUUAAGAGAGGAGACAAGGCUUCCAUUGGUCAAGACCAAUGCCUUCAUUGGCUUGACUCGCGAGAAAAGGGUUCAGUGCUCUACGUUUGCCUUGGUAGUCUAUGCAAUCUCCCCUUGGCUCAGCUCAAGGAGCUAGGUCUAGGCCUUGAGGAAUCUAAUAAGCCUUUCGUAUGGGUUAUAAGAGAAUGGGGAAAAUAUGAAGGGCUAGGGAAAUGGAUGCAAGAAAGUGGAUUUGAAGAGAGGAUCAAAGAUAGAGGACUUGUGAUCAAUGGUUGGGCACCACAAGUGUUCAUCCUCUCACAUGCAUCAAUAGGAGGGUUCUUGACUCAUUGUGGAUGGAACUCGACUCUAGAGGGAAUUACCGCAGGAGUCCCAUUAUUGACAUGGCCUUUGUUUGCUGAACAAUUCUACAAUGAGAAGUUAGUUGUGAAGAUAUUAAAAGCAGGAUUAAAGAUAGGAGUAGAGAAAUCCAUGCAAUAUGGGAAAGAAGAAGAGAUAGGAGUGAUGGUGAGUAGAGAAAGUGUGAGAAAGGCUGUGGAUGAGCUGAUGGGUGAUAGUGAAGAAGCACAAGAAAGAAUAAGAAGAGUUAAAGAACUUAGUGGCAUGGCAAAUAAGGCUUUGGAAGAAGGAAGAUCUUCGCAUUCUAAUAUAACAAUGCUCAUUCAAGACAUCAAGGAGAAAUCACAAUCUCAAAUAUAGUUAAUGGAGAGUUUUAGUUAUUAUUGUUAAGAAUGUUAUUGUUUCUAAAUAUAAUUUUUAAAUCUUCACGUUAAAGAAAAAUAAGUUUUUGUCUAAAACAAAGUUAAUUAGGCUUAGCCUUUUGCAAGAUAUUUUUUAAAAUAAAAAAAAAAAUCAAAUUUUCUUACUACAAUAGUAUUAAGGCCCAAUUGUUGGAUCCUAAUUCCUAAACCAGUAAUCAAAACUAUACUAAAAGGAGAAUAUACUCCUUAGGGAGAUCCUCCACGUCGACAGAUUAAAUCGUCCAAUAGGGUUGCGUGUUUCUUCCACGUCAGACACGGUUUGGGCUGUCUUUUUUUGAUCCAUAAAUUGUACGGAAUUGAGCUUCUUUUGUUAAUCCGUAAUUUUUUUUAUUAUUGGACUGGUCUGUUAACGAGCUUCGCAUUAUGUUAUUAGUUUUCAGAAACCUGAGUCUUAGAAUGGACUUUGGUUAAAGAAAAUCAUUUAUAUGGCCCAGUAGAUCUCUUCGGUUUCGAAACGUUCUCUUCAAUGGAGUUAACUAAUCCAAACACAAAGCGACUGUUUGUGCUUCCAUGAAUCUGUUUCUCUUACUCUACCUCCACGUCUCCAUCUUUACUCUGUUAAUCAAUAGUGGAUCACGUUCGUAACACCUCCUGCAAUCCACUUUAUAUAUACUCUAUCUAAAC